CGCCCACACCACGAUGCAAGGAACUUGGACUGUUUAACUCAUCCAGCAACUAUUAUACUCCCCCUUUGUCAACCCAGCUACUAUUACUCUCUAGGUUUAGUCCAGUGACUGCUCUCCCACCACUGUUGCUCACCUUGAAAGCAAUCGGUCCCGAUCCGAGUCUCACACACCGCCCAUUCCCCGGGAGGCAAGAUGAUUUAGUGGCAAGCCCCAUCUCCGAGGCCACAAUGCACAUUGUGCUUGCUCAUCCUCUCGGGUGUGAUGCUCCCCCACCACUUUAUGGGGUGGGGUGGGGGAUGUGUGGCAAGGGGACACAGAUAUCGGCUGUUCAAACUGGAACCCUUCGUCAUCUUUCCCCUCCCUCGUCCUCCAGAUCUUCGUCCGCAUCAUCUUCCUCCUUAUUGCCCUCUUACCAUCGGCUAUAACGUUUCGUAAUUACAUAUUUUUGCCUAUCCUACCUUCUCGCUACUUCCUUCCUCUCCGCCCCUCCUCCCCCCAUAUCGGCCUUAUAUCCAGCGCACGAGUAUUCCGCCGUCUUAAAGUCUAUCAUAACUCUUGUACACCCCCGCGUUUCAUCUGAAUCCCUUGGAUUUCCCCCCAGUGCUUAUCCCCAGCCUUGCUGCAGAUCACCCCUCCCCAGAAUUACCUGACCCCGCCCCACAACUUCUUGCCCUCCCGAUAUGGACCCUGGAGCACAUAGAGAAUUCCGAAAAUAUACCGGCGAUGCAAUUUCAACACUUUCUUGGGACGCCAACACUGGUACGCACAUUCCAUUCAGGGCCUCGGUCAGUCACAAACACCAUACGUGGGCAAAAACGCAUUUUUCAAAUCCAGAAUUGUUCUUGCAGCCCCGGACGGAGAAGGAGAUUCGUUUGAUUGUUAAUCUCGCUCGGCAAUGCGGAAAAAGGAUCGUUGUGGUGGGCUCCGGUCACUCGCCAAAUGAUCUCACCUGCACAUCAUCCUGGAUGGUAAAUCUAGACGGGUUCAGCUCCAUUGCCCUCGAGAAUUCCCGAGAACUACAACUCGAGGUCGAGGCUGGAAUUAGGCUUUAUCAGCUUGCGAAUGAGCUUGAAAAGCGAGGAUGGGCUAUGCCAAAUCUGGGAAGCAUUACAGCUCAAUCCAUUGCGGGAGCCAUCGCUACCAAUACCCACGGCUCAAGUUUGAUGCAUGGCACCCUAUCCCAAGCCGUGGUUGGUCUCACCAUAAUGCUCUCGAGUGGCGAAUCCUUAAGGUGCAGUGCAAUGGAAAACGAGGAUCUCUAUCAUGCUGCACUGGUCUCACUUGGUGGAUUGGGAAUUAUUACACAUAUAGUUUUCCAAGCUGUACCAGCCUUCAACUUGGCUUGGAAACAAGAGGUUGUAAAGACCCCCCGGAUCUUGGAUAAUUGGAAAACGGAUUUGUGGACCAGAUCAGAAUUUAUACGGAUGUGGUGGUUUCCUUACUCCGGGAGGUCGAUCGUUUGGUCAGCAAACAGAACAGAGGAACCAUUACGUGAAAGGCCGCAUAGCUGGUACGGUGGAUGGUUAGGGCGAUUUUCAUACGAGCUCGCACUAUACUUCUCCACCUGGUUCCCAUGGUUGACUCCUAUUGUAGAGAGAUAUGUCUUUUCCAUGCAGUAUAGAUGGGAAGAGGGGCCGGCUGGCUCGGCUGUCCAGAAAAGCCAAGAUGCACUUACAAUGGACUGUUUAUUUCCACAACUUGUUAAUGAGGUGAAUAUAGGAUUUCUUACCCCCCGUCCCAAUGCCCCUCCCCCAACCCCCCUGAACGAGAGUCUGCUUGAAGAAUGGGAACAAGUAUAAGGGCAACAGCCGGGGGUUAGCGCUAUCGUGUAACCCCGACAGCUCUACUAGAUGUUUCAAGAAAAAUUUUGACCCCCAUGAGGCCUUUACCGUCCCCCUCACCUCCCCAAUCCCAACAAACAUCCGAAUCUCUUGCCUAAGCGUAUAUCUGACUUUACUCUGAAACGCCAAUAGUGGGCAAUUCCUUUAGAAAAAGGGCCGGAGGCAAUUCAACGCCUGCAGACAUGGCUAGAUGGAGAUAAGGGCAACAAAAGCGGCAUCCCGUUCUCCCCGAAAGGGAUAUAUGUGCACGCGCCAAUCGAGGUCCGGGUUGCCGACACCACCGUGCAGGCUGAAAAACCUUGGCUCGAUCAAAGUUGCCAGACGGGCCCAACCCUCUACCUGAAUGCCACCCUGUACCGACCAUUCCUCAAGAACCCGCCAGAGUGGGAGCGGUACUACAAUGCUUUUGAAUGGCUGAUGAAAGACCUAGGUGGGAGGCCUCACUGGGCCAAGAACUUUAUCUCCACGUCCAGGGAGGAAUUCUGGGGCAUGUAUCCCAAAAUGAAGGACUGGGUAGAACUCAGGGACGCCGUUGAUCCUCAUGGCAUGUUCGCGAACGACUGGCUGAAAAGGAACCUUCUGGGGGACGAAGAUGACACCGAGCUCACACAGAUCAAGGAGCAGAUCGGGAAGACCUAGUUCUAUUCAUCCUGGCAUUGUUCGAAUUUAAGGUGUAGGGGUUGAGUAUUGUGCCUGAUACCGCAGAGUACAUUUCAUUUUUUCUUCGUCCCCCGUUUAUCUCAUGUUCAACGUUAUUGUAUUUCCCCCUCAUUUCUUUUGGUUUCUUCGGGCACCCCGUUCAUGGGACUUCUCUGCUUUCUUGAUUCAUACUGCAUUACAUUACCAUGGCCUUUUGAGUAUAUGUCUAUUACCCUAGCACAGCUUACCCUUAGCUUACGGGGUACGCCUCGUGAGACGCGCUUUUUGCGGGUGACAGGGUCCUUCUGUUAAUACCACUGUUACUAAUUAGCUUGAAUAUCACGAAUGGAGCUACGGCGGGCGGGAGGGAAUACCAAGUGGUGGAUUGAUAAAACAAUGGAUGGAUCAAUGAGCUCUUCGGCAUGGGUGGAAUCUGGGCGAGAUGGGGAAAAAAAGAGUAGCUUAUUGUAACCUACAGUACCGAUACCUAGUUAUCGGUCACCCCCUAGUUACCUCUUGUCUUGAUUCGGGCCUAUCCGGUACAAUAUCUGGCUUGCUAUGUGGGGUUGGAAAUGUCUCUGAAAGUGGGAGACAUGCAGUCCCAAUGUUUCUUGAUGGUGAGGUUAUAACGAAUAUAUUGCGCCACAAGUUUCGCUCCCCCACGGUUAAAGGCUAUUUGCCAGUACUCACCAGUACAGUGUGGGGUCCAGGAACGAGGGGUGGGAUGGGUCAAUAGAGUACGAGAAAUAUCGGUGACAAAAAGUGAGAUUCCAAACCUGGAUUGUGUCCAACCCAUACAAAGUUUCAGAAGGCUGCAGGUAAAAUCAAGUUGGCCAGAACGCUAUCAACGCGGGAGAAGAAAAAAAGACAGGAAGGAAGAACAAUUGUAUGAUACUCGAGUAGACAGACUACAGCGAGGUGACACUGCCACCCGUAUCAAAUGCGAAUGCCCGAAAUCAACACUCCCUUUUCCCAACCCAGCACUUUACAAUCCGCGCACAAAAAGGCCUAGGGAGACUGCUAUUUUGCACCAAAAUUGCAUGACUUCAAGGACUA